GUCCCUAAUGGCAAAGAGAUUAGCACAAGACUAAGUGAUGUAAUAAUGAACGGCCGAGAUGGUUUACAGGAUAUGUACUGUACUGUACAGUAUGGGGACAAAAGGGAUCGUCCGAUGCCCUUUUCACACCAAAAAUGGACAUUUUUAAAUGGACAAUUCUCAACGCUGCUUAUAUGAAAGCACUUCAUAUCAUUUCAUCAGCUAGGGAAUGACCAUCUAUUCCAACCUCUACAAGUAGAAGUGUAAGGAAUCAAAGCUGUCUUCGUUGUUCAUGAUUGCACCAACCAGCACGAAAGUGACCUAAACCUCUGUAUAGGGCUCCAUACAAAAAAGUAGAUGGCAACCGAUACCAGAAACUUAAACAACCUUUUCUCCAUCACUUUAUAAUAUUUAAGAAUUCUGUGAUGUUUUUCAUGUUUUCUACAGGUUUGCUAAUGCAUGGACAAAAUUUGCAUAGGUUCUGAUAGACAUUUCAUGAUGAGAGAGGGUGGUGAAGAUGGGCACUUUUGGUGUAAAAAGGACAUCGGACAAUCCCUUUUGUCCUAGUACUUUAUGAUAAGACCGAAAUUGAGUUGUGAGAAAACCUAAAGGCGCCAACUAGGAGUGGAGAAUGGGGAAAAAGUUGAUUUUGGAUAUGGGAUGCAGCUACCCCAUUGCGAAAGAUUUAACUACGCUGACGUUCUAUGAUGUGGCUAUCCUAAUUGGUAUGUUCCAGCGCCAGUGUACACCCCCCAAGAUAUGUGUUGCAUAUAGUUUGAUGUGGAUAGAUGACUCCGAUUCAAUGAUCUCCAAGGAAAGGGGCGAAGGGGAAUAUAGUCUAACAUAAUAUGUCGACUGCAUUGCGGAAAUCUGUUCAUAUUCACGGGGCUCCGUUAUCCUCGCUAUGCGCUUUGUGGACUAUGGGGGGCAGAAAGAAGAGGCGGGAGACUUCGCCUCAUGAAUAUCUGGAAAGUCGCUAGUAUGGUGGUCUGUUAAGGACUGGAACGGAACACAAGAAGAAGAUUCCUGAUACAUUUGCCCCCAGAAACCCUAAUCAGAGCAGGCCCCUACUGGUUCUGAUUGACACUGCUGGCUUAAUAUGCCUUCCUCCUACAAUCUCUAGCACCAUAUAAUAACUAUCGGAAAACAGCCCGAGAGCGAGAGGAAGGGCCACCUGAAAAGCGGCAUCCAUAAUCGCGCGAACGGACGCGGAGAAGCUGGCAAAGGGAUUGGGGGUUUGUCAGUCGCGGGAUGUCGAUAUACUUUUACUCCUGUACUUACAAACGCCUCCCAGCUGUAACAUUUCAAUUCUCCCUCAUCGGUAACAAUCCCGGUGCAACUCAGCUAUGGAAAGAACUGUACAACGAUCGAGAAUUCGGAACAUACACCAACGUGCUACCGCUUGGAUGGGAUCUCGAAUGCCAACUCGAGGAAGAUAAGCGGUUUGUGGUAUAUUCGUAUUCCUCUUUGGAAAAUAGCUUCCGAAGAUCUUACUUAGUGCAAUUUUACCCAAGGUAAAGUUUCUUACCUCAACUCUAGCUCAGGACUCCGUUGACCGUGGAGCACAGUGGGUUCGGCAGGAUUACUACGACAAUACCGAGCAAGACUACCUCGCCAAGAGGGUUUAUGUCGAGGAAAGUGAUUCCGGUGACGACUGGGAGGAU